AUGCCACACGCACACUCUGGCUUGGGGCAAUUAUACCAAACGCCUCCAUAUAAACACUGCAAGGGCGACUUGACGACCUGCAGCAACGCCCUGCCAGGCGGUGAGAGGGCAACGAUAUGGCUGACUGCGGGCAAUUUUGAGCCAGUGGAGAGCAUCGUUACUGGUGGUUGGAGCAACCCGUGCCCAUACGACGACAUGGCCGGGCCGGGAAGUGUGGCCUGCCGUGACAACCACACUCAGGGCACCAACGUGGCCCCGAUGGACGACUCGAACGAAUCGCCAGCUCGUGUAUGCCUCCUGCAGCUCCCGUAG